AUGGAUAUCGAGAAUGCAGCCACCUUUGCUUUCGAGAGCUUGACGCUCCAAGAGAAGACGCUGGCACAAGAGAUCAUACGCUUCCAGUACUACGAUAUCACAAAAUUCAAUGGAUACUACAGAGCACCGGUCCUCUACAUGGACCAAGUUCUGCAGCAUCUCGCCGCUGCCAGUAAGGGUCAGACAACUCCUCCACGACGCAUAUCGCUCUAUUGCGACACUCUCAUCAUCGCCGAGACAAUCCCUAUUAUGGGCAAAAAUACUUUCUUUUGCAACAUAACCGCGCGUCAGAUUCUGUUCUCGGCAGCGGAAUCUGGCCCUGCAAUUCGGAUGCGCUUGAACCGAGGUUCACGCCUGUUGAUCAAUGCUCAAAUCUUGCCUGAGCACUUCCGCGUCGAGUUUGUUGGGGAUAUGGACCAGAAGGAUCAGAAGACCGUGUCCAUUCCCGAUGGCGCGUUCGGUAUCUCGUAUACCUCAAGCGGCACGGGAAUAGCAGGAAUAAAAGAUGAGGUGAUGUCCACUGGGCCUGAGAUGGAAAUGCAAUGUGAGAAUUGGAUGAAUCUCAUCAAUGAGGAUGGUUCACUCAAAAGCAUUCCUUUUACCACGGACAAUUUUCCGCGUCUACUGAAUUUCCAGUAUCUCAUGGCUGCUGCAAUGGUUUAUCAGAACCCCAAACUAUCAUUGUCAAUUUUGAACUGGAUUUGUGCGGCUACAAAAACAGUCGGGGGCUCUCUCUUGGGCAGCCAAGCCCAAUCACUCCGCAACAGCAUCGCGUCGGAUGACAGUUCUGGCAUGAUCUCCAGCGUGCCCUCCCUCAACAUUUAUGCCUCCAAGCAGAUUCUCAAGUCUCGCCUCUUGGCCGCAAAGGCAUUUGAGGAUAGCUUUCGGGAGUAUACGUCUGAGGAGCGGAGCGCGACAAGCUGGGUCUACCUGGCUGCUGAUCUCCUCCGGAAGAGUGACAUGGCCCUGGAAGAAUACGGCUUCCUUUCCGGUCUGGCGCAGAAGCGCUAUGAUGAAGCUGUGCAGGCGCACUCGUACGCUGAGAAGCAAUUUCAGAAGACGCAAAAGCAAGUAAACGAAGCCAGCAAGCAAUUCGAAGGAGACGUGAUCAGCUGGGAGAAGGAUCAGAAGAUUGCAGCAGCUAAAGGUAUCCUGAUGGGCCUCAUCGAAGUAGGUGUAGCCAUAGCAGCUACUGUUGCUACUGCAGGUGCGGCUGCUCCAGCAGUUGCAGUUGCGGGAGCCAGUCUUGUUGGAACUGCCUCCAAGGCUGCUCAGGCUAUUGCGAAGAUCAAGGAGAUUGUUGCCAAGAUCAAGGAGAUAUAUGAAAAGCUCGAACCAAUCCUUGCAAAACUUGGUGAGCUCCUCACCGCUAUCAAGGCAAUGUUUGCUGCUAUCGAGACUGCUCAGGCAGCCCUCGAUCUUCCCAACGCGCUCAAGGAAGGGGACAUGAAACUCGAUGCUCUCAACGCAACGGCGCAGUGGGAUAUCUUUGAUAUUCAGGUUGGCCUGCUGGAGAGCCAGUUUCAGAACCUGGGGAUUCCAAACCAGGACAAGUAUCUGUUCGCGCUGCGCUCGCUUGUCGUCCACGGCAAGACAUAUCUGCAAUCUCGGGUCAAUGUCGUCGUUCGUGGUGACGAGCUGGCUACGGUACGAUUGCGCCUCCGGCAGCAAACGCAGAGCCGCCCGGCUAUCGAGGCCAUGAUAAAACGAUUUACGGAGAACAAUGAGCUGGUCAGCGUGCUCAAAAUGGCAAUGUUUGACCGUCUUCUCUCCGUCAGAGCUCUUGUUUACGUUGACUUCAACUCGUACGUCAACGCUUACAACUACCACACACUUGAUCCGCACCCUCCUGUCAAGUUGUCUCCCGUCAAGCCAGUCGUGGAUUAUUUUGCAGAUGCCGCCCGUCUCCAGAGCGCCAUUUCGGCAUUCGGCUCCAAGGCAUCAAUACAACGAAAGUCGUUCGUGCUUGGCCACGAGGCUUUGGGCAUGAAUCUGUCUGGCGUGGCUCAAGAAUUGGGGCAGGAUGGCCGGUUUCAAUUUUCCAUUCCCGCCACGCACCCAACCUUUGACGGCUUCUUCCGGGUUAGACUUAUGCGUGUGCGCGUCCAUCUGCAUGGAAUCAAGACCACGGCUAGCAGCAGAUGUCUUCGUCUCGCUCUGCAGACCACUGGCCGCUUCAUGGAUCUUGCACCUCCGCGUGACAAGCCCACGGCGUCGGCGACGUACUCGUUUACCGGAGAUGCCCGUACGAUUCUUUACGAGGUUGAUCCAUCUCGCGACGAUCAAAUCACCUGUGACGGUGACAGCGGCCUGGCUCAGGAUUAUACGGCACAGACUCCUUUUACGAACUGGACGGUCAGCCUGGCAAGAGGGGGAUUGUCCACUGAUGAGAUAGACACAAGCAGCCUAACCGGAGUAGAAGUAGAAUUGUUUUGUGAUGUGAGCUAUAAAUAUGAGUAA